AUGAUCAUUGUCGGAGAAUGGGCUGUGCUGUUCUCAGCGUUUGUGUGUUUCCUUUCAACGGAUUCGAAGAAUACUUGCUUAUUGUGGCUCUCCAACAAGUUAGUAUCUGUGCAGCCGUCUUCCAGAAUAUCUGAAGAGAUCCUAUGGAAAUCAUUCAAAAGACAGUAUGACAUUCAAGAGUCUCCGAAUGACUCCGGUAUGAAUCUUACAUUGUCCUUUACCACGAACUUAUGCAAUACUGUAUUCAGUGAUGAAAUUGAUGGAAAGGCGUGGGGUGUGAUGGGUCGCUUGAAAGAAGCCAAAUGGAGGAUUAACCGGAAGUCUGAAAUUACCACGGAACUUCACACUAGGAGUAUGCGAAGCGAUUAUAGUCGCGUUUCGGGUACAGUCCAUGCUGAAGAGGCUCCUCUAUCCACCGUGCCUAUGUAUGAUGUAUUCCUCGGCGGUUCAUGUGGAACCACGGUGUGGCGACGGCAAUUAGUCAUACCAUUUCUGAAGAAAAAAGCUAUCUCCUAUUACGACCCGCAACGGAGCGUUUGGAGUGAGAACAUGAUCUAUGAAGAAAGCAUUGCUAAAGAAAGGUCGUCCCUCUUUCUGUUCGUCAUAGAUCCCGCCACUGUGAAUGCGACCUCUUUUCUUGAGAUUGCAUAUUUCGCAGCAAGAAAAUCCCCCAAAUUGGUGGUAGUAUUUCUUGGGAAGACGGAAUGGAAGCAGAAAGCACAUCCCGACGAUUUACCAGACCGAAAUAGGACCUGUAUGUUACUUGAUAGGAUUCUGGAUGCUCAUAAUGUGCCCAUGCUCUACAGUAUACAGGAUGCACUAGAUUAUAUUGAAGAAGAAAUAAUUGGCAGUAAGCGGUGGACGGAAGCUCUGCGAGAACCAUGCCAACGCCUGUCAUUUCUUUCCCUCCGAACCAAAAGGGUGGCUCGAGCUGCUCAAUUCCGAGCACGUAGCGCUUGGUUGCGGAUGAUAUCCUACGCACGACACGUUACGUUAGCCUGUGCAGCGGACACAAUCAUUUUCAUAACCUGCCAGAUGGUUGCUCCAAAUAUCCCAUUCUAUUUUAUUCUUCUGCCUCUCAUAUUGCUCAACAUUAUCGUCAUAUUCGCUACUGAACGAUUCCAACGCUAUCGGGCUCGUCGUCCUCGAGCCGUUGCCGACUCGUCCUAUUUUCCGCUACGAGCUUCGGCGGCAAUUCCUUCACCGCGAAUGUCGACUACCUUGCAACCUCUCAAUCCUGUACAUUCAAAGAGCCAUUUGUUACGUUCAAAACGAUUCUGUGAUGGCAUCAUUGAUGACGGUUUCUCUCUUUUCACUGUACCAGAAUUGUCACGACGACGCUCACAGAAUGGACGGGUGAUUAAUCCAGUUACACCGGCACAUAUUGAGCUGGCAUCCAGUGCUCUUGAUGACACAUCAUGGGUAAACCGAGUGGUUAUUCCGUACAUGGACCGUAACAAUCUUCGUUACUCUCGAUUUUUGGUGAUGAGCGACGUUGAGCCCGAAAAUCGAAUGAAGUGCCUUGUGACAUGGUCUUCUCAGUUAAAGCAUUUUUUCUACCAUAUUCCGUCUACAAAAUCAUUUCUGUCAGGGAUGGUGGAGGUAGCGUAUAUGCUAGGCCACACUAAUUGGCAAGUGACGGUCUGCGUACCGAAGGAAGCCGAGUGCUUGGAAGCACCGACAACAAACGAAGAUGAGGUAGCACGAGCCUUUAGGCGGCGGCGGAAUGAUUGCUACCAGAUCGCCUUUUGUUAUCUCAAGGAUAUGGCAAAACGUCGUCAAUGCCGGGUCUUUUCGGAAUUGGAAGAAGCGCUACAGUAUGUCACAAAAAUGUCAGCUGUUGGGUUAUGAUGUUUCCUGCCGCAUUCCUGUUUAGAUUUGUAGAAAGAUUGUGAUAUUCCGGUAUAUGUCCUCUUGCUCAGUCAAAUUCUCCUAGUCUUUUAUGUGUAGGAUUGUAUUAUAUGUAGAAUUGUUACGUUGUUGGUCAGCUCUAUUAUCUCAGCAUGUCUUCGAACGUGCUUUAUUUCCAUAACUACCUUUAACAGUCCCUCAAACCGUUGAUUCUAAGUCUGUAAAGAAAACUCGAACAAUUUUUUAAUUUGUUUUAACUGUCAGAAAUACCAGUAAUUCUCAGAGUUCCCGCGCAAUACAUACCAGCAUUUAACUAUCUUCGACGUUCAAGCACGACGUGUAGAAGGGAUCCAGUAUAUACUCACGGUGCUUCAUUAGCUGUGAACCCGAACCUAACCUUAUCAGAGUAAUUUAAUUCGAAUGCACAUGUGAAUGUUAUAGUGUCAUAAUUUUUGAUCAAUUUCUAAGUGUUCUGCAUCAUUUAUUACUGAAUGUAUUAACAAAUAAGUGUCUGUUACGCAUAUUCGACAUAAAGUGCCCAGGGAUUCUGCUGUUAUUACGUUGGCCUUGUUAUUUCUCUUCGUUUUAUUAUUUGACUUACCAGUUCACAUAAUGAUUGUCUCAUCAUUCGUAAUAUUUUCUCCUAUUACCAAAUGUUCAAAUGGCCUCUAUUUAUUUUGAGAGAAUAAAUAGCAAUAGAUUUA